ACCUCGCUACCAACGUGAGAUGACGGCUGGCCCAGGACUCAGACAAGGCCCACUUCAUGAAGAACAUCUUCAAACACACCAUGGACCUCGCUACCAACGUGAGAUGACGGCUGGCCCAGGACUCAGACAAGGCCCACUUCAUGAAGAACAUCUUCAAACACACCAUGGACCUCGCUACCAACGUGAGAUGACGGCUGGCCCAGGACUCAGACAAGGCCCACUUCAUGAAGAACAUCUUCAAACACACCAUGGACCUCGCUACCAACGUGAGAUGACGGCUGGCCCAGGACUCAGACAAGGCCCGCUUCAUGAAGAACAUCUUCAAACGCACCAUGGACAUCGCUACCAACGUGAGAUGACGGCUGGCCCGGGUUUCGUGACGUGCAACUCGUACACCAUGGCGACGGCCAUCGAUGACGGUUUCAUGUGGGUGUCUGAGCCGGUGGUGGUUACCGUGGAGCUUCAGGGGACCUACACCCGGGGCAUGAUGGUCCUGGACAAGCUGGGAGUCCUGGAGAAGGAGCACCAAGUUGUCAUCAUGAGGACAGUGGACCUGGAGAGCUUCAAGGGGAUGUUGAUGGACUCCCUGAAGUAAUAAGGGAACUACACUGAUACCGCUGUCCCAUAUUACUUUCAAUUGUUUAUUUUUACAAAAUUAUAGGGGGGCUCCAAAAUUCCACUCUUCGUAAUGAGUUUUGUACAGAUAGAUCUUGAUAAGAGGGAGACAGUUUGAGGUGGUGGAUAUGUCUCUAGUGUUGUUUUGACUUGCCAUUAUAUUCUGAAUCACCAAUCAUUUUACUUUAUCAGAAAAUAAAUAUUCUACAAUGUUAAUUUUCUGAUAUAGUCUUGAGGUCAACAGCAAAUGUCCAUGAGUGAUGUUACCAGGUUACUUGUUUUAGAUUGCAUUACUUUCCUGUUAAUGAAAAGGGGAUGAAGUAAAACCUCUUUAUUGAAAGUGCUCAGGAAUGUACACUCAGAAACGCCCCUUUGUCCAAUUGAAAUACAAAUUCACCACUUCA